AUGACGACGUAUACAAUGGUGCCAGGGAUAUCGAAAAACGAUGUGCUCAAGUUUACUAAAGAUGGCAUGGCAGGAGCUGUGGCAGCGACGAUAUCCAAAACAGUCAUUGCUCCUAUCGAGCGAGUCAAACUCAUCCUUCAACUUCAAAAUUCACAAUCAACACUCGCUGUUGAAAAACGGUAUAAAGGCAUGAUCGAUUGUUUUGUGCGAGUCCCAAGAGAGCAGGGAUUCUUCUCAUUUUGGAGAGGAAACUGGGUGAAUAUCCUAAGAUCUUGCAGUCAAGAAUCUCUCGGUCUCGCCUUUAAAGAAUUUUUCAAGAAAUACAGUGUUGGUGAUACCGACUAUUCGGAUAGAAGAUUUCGCUUCUUAAUAGGUAAUCUAAUGGCUGGAGCUGGAGCAGGUUGUGCGACUCUCGCGACAAUUUAUCCACUUGAUUUUAUCAGAACUCGAUUAGCAGUAGAUUUAGGAAGGAGUAAAGAGAAUCGAGAAUUCACUGGAAUGAUAGAUUGUGCAAGGAAAACUCACCGACAUGAUGGAUUCCGUGGAUUGUAUAAAGGCUUAAUACCUUCCCUUCAGUAUAUGAUGAUAUAUCGAGGAUGCUAUUAUGGAUUAUUCGACACUGCAGCACCGUAUGUCGCCAUGGAUGGAAAAAACCUAUCAUUUACAAGGGCGUUUCUAGUCGGACAGGUUGUCACUCUAAUUGCUGCUAUGACUUCGUAUCCACUUGAUACAGUAAGAAGACGUUUGAUGAUGGGAGCUGGAAAAAAGAGCAUGCCGUUCAAUUCAACAAUAUCAUGUAUUAAGUAUAUAUACGUGAAUGAAGGAGCGAAGGCAUUUUUCCAUGGAGCACUUGUGAACGCAAUCCGAGGCACCGGAGCUGCGCUUGUUUUAGCAAUUUAUAAUGAACUUCAAAAACAUAUGUAA